AUGGGUAAACUCGAUGUAGCAAUAUUGCGAUAUUUAACACCGGAGGAUUUUCGAGUUCUUACUGCAGUGGAAAUGGGUAUGAAGAAUCAUGAACUGGUUCCAGGCUCUUUAGUGGCUUCUAUAGCCAAUUUGCGACACGGUGGAGUCCACAAACUGAUGAAAGAUCUCUGUAAACAUAGAUUGUUGACAUACGAACGUGGUAAACACUAUGAUGGUUACCGUCUUACAAAUGCUGGUUAUGAUUACUUGGCUCUUAAAGCUUUAACAAACAGAAAGGUCAUUGCCUCCUUUGGUAACCAAAUUGGUGUCGGAAAGGAAUCUAACAUUUACACUGUAGCUGAUGAGGACAGAAACCCGCUAUGUUUGAAGCUUCAUAGGCUGGGCAGAACAUGCUUCCGUAAUAUCAAAGACAAGAGAGACUAUCAUGCACACCGUAAUCGGGCCUCAUGGCUGUAUUUGUCCCGCAUAUCAGCGACCAAGGAGUUUGCAUACAUGAAGGCUCUAUAUGACCGUGGAUUCCCAGUACCUAAACCAAUAGAUUUCAACAGACACUGUGUUGUUAUGCAGCUAGUUGGAGGGGGACCUUUAACCCAUGUAUCAGCAGUUGACGAUGUUGAAGCACUUUAUGACGAGCUAAUGAACCUUAUAGUGCGACUGGGCAACUGUGGUGUCAUUCACGGUGACUUCAAUGAGUUCAACAUCAUGAUAGAUGAGGAAGGACACCCCAUCAUCAUAGACUUCCCUCAGAUGAUCUCCACCAUGCAUCCCAACGCUGAACUAUAUUUUGACCGAGAUGUUCAAUGUGUCCGAGCGUUCUUCAAGAAGAGGUUUGGGUAUGAGUCCUGUCUGUACCCCAAGUUCUCUGAACUGGAGCGAGAUGAGGACUUGGAUCGAGAGGUGGCUUGUUCAGGGUACAGGAAGGAACACGAUCAUCAGCUACUACAGGAAAUGGGAAUAGAAUUGGAAUUGAGUGGAGAUGAAGAUACCGAGACGGAAAACCUUCCUGAACCUGACGAAGGAAACUAUAAGUCCUCAGAAGAUGAUAUUGACACACUCAGACAACAGGUGGAAGACUCUAUAAAACACGAUGAGACAGAAAUAAAAAGGAUCACAGAAGAUACAAGAAAAAUUAAUAUUAAUGAUGAAAAUAAUGAAGUACCGAAAUUAGUUGAAGAAACUGACACUGAUGAGUUAAAAGACAGUAGAGUGGAGGAAGUGGACGUGAACUCACAGAAAUACAGACUGAAGAUGAUUGAGAAGACUUUAUCAGAUGUUAGAACUAUGAGGUCAUAUACAUCCGCUAGUACCAUAGCACCAGAGGUAGUGAAACAACAGGUUAAGAAGAAUCUAGAAGCGAAACAGAAGAAGAUGGAGAGGAAGAAGGCCGUGGCGAAGGGAGAAGCCAGCGCAGUGACCAGACAGAGAAGAGACAAUAGGGAGACUAUUAGAGAAAGUCACGGUAUAUGGGGCUGGGACGAAUAA